UUUCUUUUUCUUUCUUUUUCUUUCUUUUUCUUUCUUUUUCUUUUUACUUCAUUAUCAAAUCAAGAGAACAAUGGCAGAAUCCAUUUUAUAUCAACAGUAUGAUAAUAGCUUAAAUAUUGAACAUUUUGCUUUUCAUAAUUUGGUAAUUGAACAAAAGCCAUCAAGAAGACUCUCCUUUUCUGCAUUAUUACUACAAAAGAAAAGGUCAAGAAUGGGUCGUAGUCAGAGCAAGUUAAGACAGCUUUUGGAUGGACUUUAUGGUAAAGAACAAAAGGCAGUCUAUGGUGGUCAUAAAGCUGAACUUAAGGUUUUAAUUCCUUUUAAUGUACGAAAGAGAUCUUCUACAACAGUCGUUGUGGGACUAGAAAAGAGUUAUUCAUUCAUGACAUGUUCAUCUACAGACGAAGAAGAUAAUCUCAAGACGCCUACAAUAAUGAGUAGUCAUAGUCAUGAUGACGAUGAUAAUGAAAGUGAUAUAUCAGAAGAAUCAUUACGUUCGGUCAAUCUUGAAACGGCUGUUACAAUACCGCCUCCUCUUACUUUUAAUACGUUAUCAAAAACAACUUUAACAGAUUAUUCUCAUGAUAAAGGAUAUUCCAAUUUCUAUAUCAAGUUACCUAAUGGGAACUGGAUGGUUCGUAUUCGUGAUACAAAUAGAAAAAUUGUCGGUACAUAUGAAAUCGAUGGCUCUAUGAUUUAACAAAGCUGGUGUGUAUAUUAUCAAAGCACUACGUAUACCCCUCCCUUCUAUCCUUUUAAAUACAUAUUAUAUUAUAAUACUACUAUUACUCCCUCAAUAUAUACAUAUAUACUAUACUAUAUUAUAUAUAUGACUCCCUCAUUUUGCGUAUUAUUACUUGUAUAUAAUUUUAUGCAUAUAUUUAUUUUAUAUGCAGUGAAAAUAAAGCUGGAUUAUUACAUAAUAUAUGAAUAUGGAAACAAGAGGGAAAAUA